AUGCUUUCAUUCGCUCCCACCCCUAUUCCCAGCGAACACUGGGGGCCAUAUCGGCCAGCCGUCUCAUCACCUCUCUCGUCGUCACCAAUUCGCGCGUCUUCCCCUCUAUCGCCGAUUGAGACCAAUUCUCUACCACAACGCCAGGUGCAAUCUUCUCCAAUCCAGCAGCCAAAGUUCAAAUACGCGUCGCGACCGGCCCGCCGAAACCCCGUGGUACGGCGCCGUGAAGAUGCACAGGAGAUGAGACGCAAGAACUUCCUACAGAGCGUACGCCAAAAGUCCGAGGACAAGGCAUGGCUGCGACGAGAUGUAGAAGGACAGUUAUUGAAAGCAAGCUUCCUCGCUCGACUGGAACUGUCAGCUGAAGGCGCCCCCGAGAUCUCGGAGGCAGACAUCGACGACGCAGUGGCCUUUCACCAACAGGCCGGCCCAUCAUACCAAAAAGAUGACAUGAUGGUUGAUUCUGCUGCUGAUGAGGAGGCUGAGCUGGAGGCUAUGGUGGCGUCCUACCAAGACGAACAAGCCGAGGCUGAGUGCGCUUCAUCAGAAAUGUCAGACGAGGAGUACGACCAACUAUUUGCAGAAUUUGUCGCACAUGAAGAACAAUUGCAGCAGCAACAACACGAGCAACAACAAUACAACCAAGUAAUAAACCACGGGGAUGCUAUGGAUGAAGAUGAUGAAAUGAUCUUCUGA